AUGGGCUCCAUUGCCACACAAUACUACGGGAAAUUCAACUAUCUCCCUCGAGGUACAAAGCCUACUCCCGGAACUGGAGCAUACAGCCUACCCGCUCUUAUAAAUUUUCAGGCGUCUCCUAGCUUGCCGUUGACCGAUAUUCGCCCUUCCUUGGAUCUUGGUGAUGCUUCUCCAUUCGAACUUUCCAAGCAUGGCUUCACUGCUCGUCGUUGCGAGUCACGACUUAACUCAGCUCCCUAUGACCGUGCAAGCUGGAAAGAUGAGAAUUUGUUGAGAUCGAUCUACUUCCCAGAAGUUGAGGAGCUCCUGAAAAAAGUGACUGGCUGCAAGCAUGUUAUACCUACGGGGGCGAUUCUCAGAAGCAAUCUGUACUCUGAAGAACCUGAACCAUCCGAGGGAGAAGAGAAAAAGGCAGACGAGGAAAUAACAAUCUGCUGUCCUAUAUAUGGCAGCCGGCCCGACGCUGGUGUAUCCACUGCUCCAAAAGUACACCUCGACUUUACUCCACGAGGUGCCCGGCGCCAGAUUCGAAAGCAGCAUCGCGACCUAGUGUCAGUUGCAGAACCAGUCAUUGAAGCAGAGAACAAACUGCUCCGUUCUGGUGUUGACUGGGAUGACCUCAAGGAUCAUUACAAUAGGAACGCUGACGGAGAGGAGGGCAUUCCUCGAUUUGCACUUUUCUCCGUCUGGCGUCCUCUGAAGACUGUCACUCGGGACCCUCUUGCCGUCGCGCCGACCCUCUCGUUCCCUAAAUCCGAUUAUUCUCCCAUGGAAUAUUACGAUGUCUCCUUUGACAAAGACAUUCCCCCUCAUCUUGCCGAAAUUAUCGACCCCGCAGCCCCUCAGGGUCGAUCCAAAGAGAACGACGAACACAAAGCUGGAAAGUACCGAACAUGGGCCUACACCGCGCACAAACCCCGCGAUACCCAGGGAAAGGGGCAUGACUGGCACUUCAUAUCUCACCAGGAACCCUCUGAAGUUCUCAUUAUACAAUUCUUUGAUAACGAGACGGAGGCCACCCUUAGAGCACCACAGGAUGCCGACGAUACCUCUCCAGAGCUUCCUGUGUGUGGUGCAAUUCAUAGCUCGUUUGAACUUGAUGGACAAAAUGAAGAAGAAGAAGCAAGAGAGAGCUUGGAAGUUAGAUGCACUGUGUUCUGGUGA